AAACACUCGAAACCACCUCCAUCCGUCUAAUCCUUCCUUCCAUCUUUCCCUCUCUUGCCAUCUGCUCUCUCUUCUCAUCUUUCUCUCUCUUCUCUUUCCUUCUCUCUUUCUCUCUCCCUCUCUCUCUUCACACACCCCAACCCAUUCCCUUGCUUCUGUCUCUCUGUAUGCAUCUGUGUCUCGGACUAUUUGCUCCAUUUUAUCCCUUUCUCUCUCUCUUAUUCUUCUUUCCCUACCUCACUGAUCCGCCAUACCUUUCUUCUCCAUUCCUCAAUUCAACAGGCGCAUCGAAUAUUGGCUGGAUCUCAGUUGAGGAGGUAAAGGUGAGCAAGCUUCCUAAUUCAGGGCAUGAGGGCAGGGCGAAUGUACGAGAACAAUAGUUGGAAUUCAGCCGGGACUAGUGGAUAGCGCCUAGUACCUAGUACGAGACAAUAUCAUCAUCGCCCGAGGUUAUUGUGGCCCAGCGUAAUGGAUCUAACGUGACUAGGGCGGACAGAUCAAGUUCUUGCUGGGGCCAGGAACUGGAGGCCGAUCUGAAAUGAAUUCGUGGAAAGCAUUGUUUGUUCGCUUCAAAUAGCAAUUGGAUGAAUCCACCUACCAUUCACGAGCAAAUUUUCCUAUCUUUGCGUACGCACAUGCUGCAUGGC